CAUGAUGACUUUUAUGUGUAUAAAUGUGCUAUGAAUUUCUCAUUGUUGCGAUAAAUUGAUUUUUUCUUUCUAGAGGUUUUUCGGCAUCGUCAGGCAUGUUGCUGGUGACGGAGGGCAGCCGACUGUGCAACAUUUUUUGUUCAUCUAUCGGAUGCUCUCUGUAAACAACCUAGUUCGGCCGCCAAAACGGGCCUCGGUCGAGGGAGAUGGACCCCAGCUGUUGCUCAAGCUCCAGGGCCUCUUUGACAAGGGAAAACCUGCCUCCAGUCAGAUUGACAUGUUGGCGGUCCUCUUUGAUGACGUUCUUGAGGAGCCGGGAGAGGCAGUGAACAAUGCAUCCGUGCCUGACGUUACGCUCUCCACCAAAGAGUGCAUUCUUGAUUAUCUUGCCGGUUACGUGGUAAAGAAGUUUUCAACGAUAAGCUGCACUGACUGCGUGGGAACACUCAAGAGCCAGACACGAGAGCCAACUGACCUAAUCCAGAAGAAGUCAAGAGGAUUCCUGCAAGUGCCCUCAUCCCAGCUUCUCAGCCUGUUGCGCAUUGUGGAAGGACAUGUUGAAGAACUGACUGUGGACACAGUUGCAUGUGCCGAUGUGUAUGCGAACAUUGUUGACCAAGUUUUGCUCGACAGCCGCAUUGCUUCUGCUGGUGUGGGCUGUAGGUUGGACUAUGUGGGUACCACAGCAGAGGUUGUUCAUUUUUUCUUGAGGUGCCGCCUGCACUUUUACACCAGGGAAAAAAACAAGCUGACACGAGCGACGCGGCGAGCAAACUGCCCAGCAAAUGGUGGCAACAAGCCCCAUGGGUAG